AAAAAAUAAAAUCUAAAAAGGUUCGUUACUGUCGUAGCUGCCUGUCUCUCUACGAGCUUCUGCUUUCUCUCUCUACUUCCUUUUUCUUCUCUUUCACACUCUUUCUCUCUCUUCGAUCUCUCCCGAUCGAUGAAUGCAGUUUUUAGCUGGUAAAGAAGCUAUUAAAAUCUUGAGGGAAACGAAUCCAUAGUCAUGAGAUUUUCACCCUAGGAAUGGCUGGGAAUGCAAGAUUUGAAUUGACCUCGGCCAGCCCGGACUCUGGUUUUGGUGGUAACUUCCAAAAUGGACAAAGGGGUUAUUCUGCUUCAUCUUUGGAUAGGUCUACAAGUUUCAGAGAUGGAAUUGAGGGCAGGAACUUUGCUUCUGGGAAGGCAAAUUCUAGGGGGAAUGCAACAUCUUCAGGAGAUGCAAGUACAUUGUCUCAAUGUCUGAUGUUGGAGCAGUUUGUUAUUGAUCAAAAAUAUGCACAGUCUAGUGAUGUAAGGAGGGUUCUCAGCCUUUUUGUUGGCAGUAGUUCAGAAGAUAACUCUUUUGGUACUGCUCAUGUAAAGAAUCCAUCUCCCGCUGCCCUUGAGGAAUUGAAGCGAUUGAGAGCAAGUGUUGCUGAUUCUUGUGUUAAAGCCAGUUCUAGAGCAAAAAAGUUGGAGGAACAUUUAAAUAGGCUGAACAAAUUUGAAACCAUGUCUUCUAAGAAGCUGCAACAACGGAAUGAGAUGCUGACACAUGAACGAUCUAGUGGUUCAACCGUGAAGAUCGGAUCACUGAUGCAUCGGAACACAGCUGAGUUUGGAAGUCAGAAAUUUGACGAUCGGCCUAAGAAUGGUGGAUUAAAUAAGCGCUUACGGACAUCAGUGGCAGAAACUAGGGCUGAAAGCAGAAAUAAUGGAGUACUACGGCAGCCUUUGACAGUGACAAAAGAAAGAGAUCUGCUUAAGGAUCGUAAUGUGGAUUCUGAGAUUGGUGAAGAAAAGAUAAGGAGGUUACCUGCUGGUGGAGAAAGUUGGGAUAAGAAAAUGAAAAGGAAACGUACAGUUGGUACGGUCUUUCCAAGAUCUGUUGACAAUGAUGGAGAGCUGAAGAGGACCAUGCAUCAUAAGCUCACCAGCGAAUCUAGCCUGCAGUCCGGCGAUUCCACGCAUAGUUUUAGGUCAGGAGCUUCUGGUGGCAGCAACAAAUUAGAUUCAACAUCACAGCCAGCUGGUUCUAGUGCUCGUGCUACCUUUAAGAAUGAACAAGAGAAAUCAAUGGUCUCAAGGGAUGGCUCGGCUGGACCAAUUAAGGAGCGUACUCUAGGAAAAUUAAAUGUUAGGAUAAAUAAUCGUGAGGAAAAUCAUGCCAUUUGUCCUAGCCCGAUAUUAAAAGGGAAGGCCUCUAGGACGCCACGAAAUGGCUCUAUGGUUGCAGCUAAUUCAACUUCUACCAUCCCUCGUGUGUCUGGAACUCUAGAGAGCUGGGAACAGCCUCAGGCUGUAAACAGAACCCCGACAACUAGUGGAGCUAAUAAUCGGAAGCGUCCUAUGCCUGCAGGGUCAUCAUCUCCACCUAUAACUCAAUGGGGUGGUCAGAGACCACAGAAGAGUUCUCGAACGAGAAGGACAAAUCUUAUUCCUGUCCCAAAUCAUGAUGAUGUUCAGAUGCAAGCUGAAGGAGGCUCACCUUCAGAUUUCAGUCCCCGGUUAAGCACUGGUACCACCAGUGCUUCUCUUCCCACCAAGAGUUCAGGCAGUGGGAACCAUAACUCUAAAGCAAAGCCUGAAAAUGUUUCAUCUCCUGCAAGACUGUCUGAAAGUGAAGAAUCUGGUGCCGGUCAAUUUAGAACAAAAGAGAAGGGCAUGGGUAAUGCAGAUGUUGAGGAUAAGGAGGGAAAUGGUGGUCAAAAUGUUGGACCUUCUACGAUACCUAUGAAAAAGAAUAAAAUCAUGGUAAAAGAAGAAAUUGGUGAUGGUGUGAGGAGACAAGGGCGUAGUGGAAGGGUCUCACCGUUUUCUAGGGGUGGCAUUUCCUCAACGAGAGAGAAAUUGGAUAUUGUGGCCCCGAGCAAACCUCUGCGAAAUGCAAGGUCUGGUUCUGACAAGAAUGGAAGCAAGUCAGGUCGCCCUUUGAAGAAGCUAUCAGAUCGCAAAGGCUUUUCUCGUCUUGGCCAUAUGCCCAAUGGUGGUUCCCCUGAUUGUAGUGGGGAAUCAGAGGAUGACCAUGAAGAACUUCUAGUAGCUGCUAAUCUCGCUUGGAAUUCUAGCGUUAAUGCAUGCUCAAGUGCAUUUUGGAAAACAGUUGAGUCCUUGUUUGCUUCUAUUGGCCCUGAUGAAAGAUCAUAUUUGUCUGAACAGCUCAAAUUGGCUGAAGAAGCUUGGACAAAUUCUCAUCAGAACUCUAGCCAUGGGAAUCAUGUACAGGAUGAAUCUGGCCAUGAAGAAAUUGUGGCUCCUGAAUCUAUCUCUUUUGGAAGAUAUAGACACAUGAAAAAUGGAACUGGUUCGAAGAUUUCUUCAGACAGGAUAGAAUCAGUUGAACAACUACAGGAUUCAUCUGUGUUUGAUUACUCAGACGCAGAGAAACCUUAUGAAAUAGUUACUCCACUUUAUCAAAGGGUAUUAUCAGCUCUAAUUGAAGAAGAUGAAAUUGAAGAAUCUGAAGAAACUGGAUUUGGGAGGCCAAUUAUUUCAGUUACUGAUUCAUGUCUCCUUAUUGGUGCUGAUAGCAAACAUAUCAAUAAACGGGACCUUUGUGAGCCACUCUUUGGUGUUCAAACUCCAAAAAAUGGUAAUCACAUAAUUUUUUCUUGUAAUGGAAACACGGACUUUGCUAGGAACGCUGGUUCUGAAGACCGUCUAUCUAAUGGUGAGCUGCAUCAAAGAGACGGUGGAUAUAUGCACUCUGAGGUUGAAGUUUUGGUCAGACUUUCAAGAUGUGAUUAUGUUCCUGAAAGUCCACAGACAAAAAAUUGUGGUGUUUCUUCUUUCCAUCACCAGUAUGAGCAGAUGUCUUUUGAAGAGAAGCUUGUGCUAGAACUGCAGAGUAUAGGCCUAUUCGUGGAAGCUGUGCCUGCUUUGGAUGAGAAAGAGGAUGAAGUGAUUAACGAGGAAAUUAUUCAGUUAGAAAGGGGACUUCAUGAACAGAUUGGGAAGAAAAAGUCUUGCUUGGAUAAAAUACACAAGGCCAUUGAAGAAGGCAAGAAUAUUGUAAGAAGGGACCCUGAGCAGGUUGCAAUGGACAAACUUGUUGAGUUGGCAUACAAGAAACUUCUGGCAACUAGAGGAAGCUAUGCUUCAAAACAUGGGAUACCUAAGGUAUCAAAGCAAGUUGCUUUGGCUUUUGCAAGGAGGACGCUUGCCAGAUGCCAGAAAUUUAAAGAUUCAGGGGCAAGUUGCUUUUCUGAUCCGGCUCUCCGGGAUGUCAUUUUUGCACCGCCACCUCGGUUUGAUGAAACAGAGCUGCUCAAUGGUGGCAGUCUGGCAGUUGCCAAUGAUGGCACGUCAGCAGAUGCUUUCAAUACUUCAGUUCAUCAAUCUGAUCACUCCUUUGCUAAAAAUGGACCAAUAUUGAAUAGAGCAAAGAGAAGGGAACUACUGCUUGAUGAUGUUGGCGGCGCUGUAUUUAGAGCCUCGUCUGCCCUAGGUAUUACUGAUGGUACAAAGGGAAAGAGAAGUGAAAGAGACAGAGACGCUUCUGCCAGAAACGCUGUUGCCAAGGCCGGACGUGCAUCCGUGGGCGGCUCAAAGGGCGAGCGCAAAGCAAAAUCAAAGCCCAAGCAGAAAACAGCUCAGCUUUCCACUUCAGCAAACGGCUUCAUCAAUAAAUUCGCCGACACCUCAAAUACCGGUGCUCUUGAAUCUCCGAACGGCAACAGGAGAAAGGAUGUCAGAUUCAUGUCUUCUGGUAAUGUUCCUCCAGUUUCUUCAAAUGAGGUGAAGGACCCCAUGGAGUUUACUGAUUUGCCGAUGAACGACAUCGAUGGUAUCGAUGACGAACUAGGUGUAGAUUCUGAGAUUGGUGAACCGCAGGAUCUGAAUACUUGGUUGAAUUUUGACAUGGAUGGUAUACAAGAUCAUGACUCCAUUGUUGGGCUUGAUAUACCUAUGGAUGACCUUGCAGAAUUAAAUAUGUUUUGAUAUCUCUCAAAAAUCUUCUUGUACAGCUUGUGGAUAUUUUAACUGGUUAAAGAGAUCUCUUUUUUUCCUUUUUUUUUUUUUGUGGGAAAGAGGGAGGGUUAUACUGCCUCCAGAAUAUGUCAGUCUUUUGCCAAAUGGCAUUUGUAAUUAUGUAAUUUUUUUAAAUUUUUUUCCAUUACUGGAAAAUUUGUCUAGGCAACCUUUGUAAUUGAUUUGUCAGAAUCAGUGAGUAUGAAAAGUUUCCAAUA